GUUUCGGAUGACUACGUGGGCUUUUGGAUUUCCUACCGAUCUCUUCGGAUAUUUCCAAAUUAAUUGAGGGAUUGUAUUUAGUAGCGUAAUAUUUAUAUAUAUAUUAUAUAUACACUCUAUAUAUGUUAUUAAUAAACAUCACCUUCGUUACAACUUACAAACCACUUUCAGGCUUCACCAAAGAAGUAAAGAGAGAAACCCUAAUUUUCCGUAGAUCUCCUCCUCGCCAAUCUGCUCUUACACUGUCUGUUUCGACAUGAAUAAUCAAUUUUCAGGAGAAGAAGAAAAGAAGAAAAAAAAAACACUAUUUUGAUGAAUGCGUUACCCUCAAGCUAACUGGACACACACUAACUGAGAGAUUUUGUUGCAGGUAUUCCCUUUCGAAGCUAUGAUUAUUAUCAAUCUUCCUAGGGUAUUGGAGAAAGAUACUACGACCCAACGCUAUAGGCUUCCAGUUCCAAGGGUCCUAGGUUUGGUUGGAACAAACGGCAUUUGGAAAUCAAUCGAUCUCAAAAUCUUGGCAGGAAAACUUCAACCAAAUCUUGGCAGAUACAAUCAUCCACCGGACUGGCAAGAAAUUUUGACUCACUUCUGCGGGUCAGAAAUUCAAAGCUAUUUCAUCCGAGUGUUAAAAGAGAAUCUUAAGACUGUUAUAAAGCCACAACAUGUUGGCUACAUAAAAAUACUUGUUCGAGGCAAUCUUGGGAAGUUGCUUGAGAAGCUAGACGAGAGAGGAAUGAUGGCGCAUAUCUGUGCUGAUUUGGAUUUGGACCAGAGUGCAAAAGAUGUAUUUAGUAGAGUGCUGCAGAGGUUUGUGAUUGCCACAGUUUUCAUAACGAAGGCUGCGCUGUACACUUUAGAAGAACCAUCUAGCUUCCUUGAUGUGAGGCAAAAAGACAAAGCUGCUCAUGGUAUAAGCUCGCUUCUCAAGCCUGACAGCCAUUUGUUGAAACCUGGAAGAAUGACAAGAAUGUCUGAUCUUCCAAGAGAUUUGGUAGAGGAGAUACUCUGUAGGGUUCCGAUGACAUCUCUGAGAGCAAUACGUUCUACUUGCAAAGAGUGGAACGCUUUAUCGAAAAGUCGGAUCUUUGGUAAAAAAGCAACAGCAGAAAGGAAUCAGUACUUUUUAGGGUUCAUUAUGAUGGAUUAUAGGGUUUGCUCGGUGAAGUUCGAUCUCCAAAACUUGGAUGAUCCAUCUAUAAAGCCAGUAGGAGGUAUACUUAACCAAGUCGAGAUAACUAAAGUCUUUCAUUGUGACGGCUUACUCCUAUGCGUCACUAAGGACAACUCAAGGCUUGUGGUGUGGAAUCCCUAUUUGGGGCAAACUAGAUGGAUCCAACCAAGAAUUAACUUCCACAGGUUAGACAGGUAUGCUCUCGGAUAUGACAAGAACCGUAAUCACAAAAUCUUGAGGCUUUUCGGUGAUACAGAUAGCAAAAGCCAAGUUUUGUGUUACGAAAUCUACAAUUUUAGCUCUAAUUCAUGGAAGGUUUUUUAUGACACUCCCGACUGGGAUAUAGCUUUUUGUCAACGUGGCGUGUCUUUGAAAGGAAAUACUUAUUUCUUGGCUCGAACGAAAAUAAGAGAUGCAGGAACGAAAGGGGAGAUUCUACUCCCUUUUGAUUUUACAUUGGAAAAAUUUGGACCACCGCUGCCUCUGCCGUUUCCCUCCUCUGGUUCAGAUAAUUUUGUGUCUUUAUCUUGUGUCAGAGACGAGCAGCUUGCGGUAAUACAUGAUAGCUGGCGGAAGUUUCGUCGUCACACAGUGGAGAUUUGGGUUACGAAUCAGAUUAGUCUCGGUUCAGUGUCGUGGAGCAUGUUUUUGAGUUCGACCUCUAGUCGUAGCGUUAGUAUUCUAGCUGGGAGUUUCUUCAUUGACGAGGAGAAGAAAGUUGCUGUGUUUUUCGAUCUAGACAACGAAUUUGAACGGACCAAGACCCGUUUUAACCAAACAGCCAACAUAAUUGGACAAGAUGGAUACUUCAAAUCUGUGAAUAUCGGAGAGGCUCCAAAUCUCGGAAAACGUACCAGUUAUGGAGAUAUUCCUCGCCAAUUUUGUCGCCCACUUGUGUGCUCUUCUUCUUAUGUUCCAAGCUUAGUGCACCUGCAAAUCAACCAACCUCAGCCUCAUGUCAUUAAGAAAGAAAUUGAUGAUUAUUAAUAAGUGUCAUUUUCAUUACUUUAUAUUUGUGUUUUACAUAAUAUUUUAAAGAUUGGUAUCUUGCUUUUGGUAUGUUUCUUUAAACU